AUGAAAGAAACUCAGCGGAAUAACACGUUUAUAUUAUAUGUAACUCAGUUAUCAAUAGGAAAUUCAAUCCCACAAGCUUGCGGCAUCGAGGUUAUCAGUCCUGCUGGUCUGGUCCUUGUGGGAUUGCAAAAAAAUCAUGCUUAUGUUGUUAGUAGUUAUGUUCAUGAAUUUAUGAGGUGCAAAAUACGAGCUCUUGUUCCUGUCGAGCAUGCACAAUCCAACAAUAGUGAUAAAUCCGAAAAUAACAGUGACUACGAAUUGCCGCCACCUUCUCCAAGUACAGUUUCAUCUUCUAGGCCUUCCAUUAAUUCUUGUUUAGAACGCUUAGACCUCAAUAAUAGUCCC